AUGGUAUUAGAAUAUUUUCUAGAUAUUCCUCCUUUGACUAGAAUCAUAGUUAUAAGCAGUAUUUUAUUGAGCUACGCAACGUACGUGCAAUAUCUAAAACCCUCAAAUCUCUACUUAAACUAUAAGCUUGCAUUUCUUGAAUAGUUCUAACCAUGGAGAAUAUUGACGAGUAUUUUAUAUUUUGGAGAAUUAGAUUUGAUUAUGGUCUUAAGAUUAUUCUUUUUUUAAACCAUCUCAUCAUCUUUGGAAUAACAUACUUUUCCAGGUAUUGCUAAUUACAUAUACUACUUACUAUUGAACCUAAUCACAAUCACUUUAGUUGGACUGUUGUUAAAUGAGCCUUCUCUAACAGAAUACUUUGUAGAAGCACUCAUAUAUGUUUGGGGGAGACAAAAUCAAGAAAGAGAAUUAUUAUUUAUGUUCAUAAUACCAGUCAAAGCUUAAUACAUGGUUUGGUUUUUUAUUUUGAUCAAUAUCGUAACAGGGAGGCCAGUCUAAUCCAAUUUGAUAGGAGCAGUUAUCGGUCACACAUAUUAUUACUUUGCUUAUAUAGUUCCCAAAUUACCUUCCUUUAAGGGAAUAAAUCUACUCAGUACACCAAAAUUUUUAGUUAACUUGUGUGGAAAUUUAGAUAGACAAAACGUUGUACGCUAAGAAUAAGGUUAAGCAUUUGUAUUUUGA